UGUGCUAGUGUUGCUAGGUAGGUCAAGCCUACUUAGCAGUUUGUAUUGAGGAACUUUACAAAGACUUAUGCAUUAAAUUUGGUUACAUUACGAAAUGGCCUAUUACAACAAGCCAUUUUGUAAAUACUAUCUGCGCAUGGGUUAGUGUUGCUAGGUAGGGAAAGCCUAUUGUAAAAGAUGUUACGUACCUUUGACAUGGGUAUAUAAGGGGUCUGACAAAUGCAUAUGUGUGACAUUUUGAUAGCAAGGACAUUAAGGAUAACAAGAUGUCGACUAAACACUCCUCAGUUGAAUUGAUGAUUGUAGAAGGUUUUGAACUGAGAAAAGUGAAGGCGCCGAGUGGUCGCCAAUACCUUUUUGGAAAUGUCAUCGAAAGUGGUAGAGAAGGUGUAAUUAAGGGGUGUUUUGUUAAUGAGGUAACGAGCGAAGCGGCUGUGGACCUCGUCAAAUUGAAGGCCGGUGACAAAAUCAUCAUAACGCACGUGGUGGGUAAGGGAGGCCCCAGUCUCCGUUUGCUAGCAAAUGCGACGGUGUUUUCUGAAGUCGUCGAUUUCGACGUAAACAAGGAAGCAGUGGACAGCUUUAUCAGGCCGAAAAGUGUUUCUGUCUCUGAGGCUCGGGGGAGCGCCCCAAAAAGAAGAAUGACAGUUGAAGGUGAUGUGAUCGAGGUAGGCCAACUUGUGGAGAGUGGAAGUUACAAAAGGCGGGUAAUAACGUUGAGACAGCUGGGUGAUGACGAUACUCAAUCGAUACCAAUAACCCUAUGGGGCGAGAGCGCUUCUCAGGAUGUAGCAGAAGGACUGUCUGUCCUGGUGACGGCCGUCAUUAGAGACGCCAAUGGUCUGCAGGGGUCGGUGUCCACGAAAAUUGAGAUGGUGAAAGAAAAAUGGGUAGAGGGAGAGGUGAUUGGCGUGAGAAAAACAAGCGUACCCAUGCGUAUCAUGAUGAAAAAUGGAAAUUGCAUCAAGAUCGCAGACGGCAUGGACGAAAAUCUCGUAUCCUCCCUCCUUGGAUUUCCAAUAAGGUAUAAAAUUGGGACAGAUGGGAUUGCUGUUGAGAUAGAAAAGUUGUAAUAUGUUUUUUUUAUAUUUCGUUAUAUAGUGCGUCCCACAAAAAAAAGAAUCCGAAAAAUUAUUGAU